AUGGCUAGUUUGGAAGAGAACCAGCCGUCCAUCGGUUUGGACGCAUCCAUUCACUGCAUUUCCAAAAACGAUGGACAUUGGGUUAUAUCUCAGGCUUCAAAUCCUUCAAAUCAAUUGGAAAUUGUAUUCAAAGAUCUGGUUGAGAGCGAACUCUAUCAAAAUUUAGCCCAAAAUAUUGUCAGAGAAAUCAAUUUAAUAAAUAAGGAAGAGAUGGAAGAAAUGACCCCAAAAUGUGUCCCAAAAUUGUCGUCAAAAGAAUUAGUAAAAAAUGUGUUGAGAUUUUCGACGAGAAAAAUGAGAAGAAGUUAUUCCAAAGAAGUCAAACAAAUGAGCGAAUCAAUGGUUUUAUUCUUCACUGCAUAUGCAGUCUAUGUAUUGGUAAUAGAUAUCAGUGAAGACUUGGACGCACCCCUUGAACUCGCAAAGGAUGACACUCUUGUUACUGAGUUACAUAAGGGAGACUUAAGUACUCUAAACAUGAUCCACAUGUGGCUAACUGUCAUCCAUUCAACUGUCGGCCGAUAUCCCACUCCUAGAGAUCCGGUGGAUAAAGAAGAAGAUUGUGAUUAUCAGACAACACUUCAGCCACAAGUCUUGUUAGUGGCGACGCAUCGCAAUUCAGUUCACGUCGAGCCCAUCACUAGGGAUCAGAUAAUCAAAGAAUCGUUUGACAAAAUAUAUUCCAGUUUAGAGGGAAAGACAUAUAAAAAUCAUUUAAAUGAAAACUACUUAGCAUUAGAUUGUGAUGAGAUGUCAUACGACGAGCCCAUACUUUUGCACGAACUCAGGACUAAUAUUGAGAAGAUUGUUGUGAAAGAACGACUCGUGAGUUUAGACAUACCGGCGUCGUGGAUGGAGUUCGAGCAGAUAAUUGAGAAAUUAAAGCAAAGGGGUAUAUAUUUUGCGGACAUCAAUCAGUUACAUGAGUUUGCCUGCUCUCGAAUUGAUGCCUUCCAGUCAUACGACGCCCUCAACGCGGCCCUUCACUUCUACCACAACCAGGGAAAGGUGUUUUGUCUCGACCACAUCGGCUACUUUUCCCUCUUUGACUCACAAAACGCCUACGACUGCGGAGUCAUUAUCUUAGACCCCAAUUGGUUUCUUCAAUGCAUUUACAAACUCUGCUCUUUUGUGAAAGAAGUUCCCGAUGACGACAACGCACAGUACGUUGAGUUGCGGCCAUACAUCCAAAUAGAAGACGCUCCCGAUGUGACGGCCAACACAUCUGUCCCUAAAUUAUAUUUCUUUCCAUGGAUUACAAGAGCGGUUCCCGACAACGAGCCCCCAAACGCACAAACAAGUGAUUCUUUUCAAGACUCGUCCUUUCAAUUAGUCAUUGAUUUCAAUCAUCUGCCAGUUGGUCUCUUUUCACGACUAUUGGUUCGACUGAGUCGUUGGUCUUGGAAUCAGGGUUGGGGUCGAAGACCAGAGAUGUAUAACUCUGAAGGAAGAAUAGCUGUGGACUUCGAUCACGACAUCCUUUUGAAGAUUUGUCUCAAAUAUAACCGAAUAUUUUUAAUGAUCAUAAAAAUAUUCGAUGAGUUGCAGACGGAUCAGAUCGAGAACUUCCUCAUCGGUCCCACAGCUAAUGUUUGCGUUAAGGUUCAGCAUUUGAUUGAAACAGAACUCGAGAAUCUUCGCAAUUCAUUUUACCGACGGCUCAACUUUAAACUAGUAGUUCCCUGUCCUUGCGAUGUCACGUGUGAACCUCAUAAGAUUGAUGGAUGCAAUGACAUCGAAUGCCUACAUUUUCUGCCCCUUAAUGAAUGCCUCACUAAAAAAGUGGUAGAGUGUAAAUACAGUCGACAAGUGAGAACUAUAUUCAUUCAGCGCUACUUCCCUCACGUGCCCUUCAAUUCUGGACCCGAAGAAUCAAAUAAUUCGGUUCAAAAUCAGAACCGAGAGAAUGGUUGGGACCAUAUAUUCCAAGUGGAACCGGUCUGGAUGAGGGAGGCCGCCAAACUGCUUGCACCCAAUCAUCCUAAUAAAGAUUGGAUGGCUUUGGCUAAACGUCUGGGUUAUACUGAACGGGAUAUAACAAAGUUUGUCGACGACAUCGCUCCCUGUCUGGCACUACUCAGGGACUGGUAUGAGACCAAUGGUCGGACACGUUAUUGUGUUGAUGUGCUUCUGUCGUGUCUGCGGAUGAUAUCGAGGGAAGACAUCGCAGCUCUUAUUGAGUAUGAUUUAGAACCGGAAGGAUCUGCACCUCCAGUGUUCAUCAGUUAUCAAAGAGAUUCUCAGGAGCAGGUGUCAGAAUUGCGUCAAAAGUUGGAACUAGCUGAUCUAUGGGCGCCGGAGAUUCCUUAUACGGAAAGAUUUAUGACGGCAUUAGUAGAGCUAAAUUGUCUCACACCACGCUAUGCCGCGUCUCCAAUGUGUAGCCGUGAAGUGACUUUGGCUGAUGUCUUACAUAAACCUAUUCUACCCAUUAUUAUUGAUAUGACUCCGUGGCCACCGCCCGGAGCUAUGGCUGUUAUUUUGAGUUCAAUUGUUUACGUCGAUCUUUGCGGUGUGGGCAGUCAUUCAGGAAUCGGUAGAAUUCAAGACUCGGAAUCACGUUUCAGAGAAAUUCUAGACCGAGUUUCUCGAUAUAUAGCCGGCUAUGUGGACGCACCUAUAGUUGCGCCCCGGUAUCUACAGCUACCAGAUAUAUUCUCUCCAAUUCGAGAAACACCUCAACAACUGAUUGCCUCACAAAAUGUGGCCGAAGUUACGAUUGCAACGCCAUUUGAUACCGAAGAGCAACCGGAAGCCGAGGGAACGACUCCUUUGGAGGCCGCAAAUGAAGAGUUGCUUCGAGAGGACCUGUUUUCUGGUGACAAUAUAUCGGUUCUGUCUAACACUAGAAGAGGUCACAAUCGAGUCACCAAUUGUGCCAUUUGUUCAAUACUCUGA